CCUUCAUCGAGAAGAUCCCUGACGCAAAGCUUGAGGGCUUGCCCUUUUCUCAGAGAAAGCUGUUUAGUGACACCAACAUGAGGUGCGACAUGCAAGGGGUAUGAGAAACCAACAACGUACUUAUUAUUACCUCACAGACUCCUGAACAGAUGACUAGCUCUAAGCCCCCCAUGCACAACAUCCAGGUUCAGGUCAACAGAGGGUGCCAAAUAACUUCGCUGGCCAGGAUCGCCCCCAAUUCAGUGGCGAUUGCAUGCGAUGUGCCUUCUGAUGACUCGUGGACCGCAAGACAAAUCAAGGAUAGGCUGAUUGCCUCGAUUAAGAUUUGAGGGAUAAGGGGCGGGUCAACACGGUCUGAGGUGGCCUCCAGAGCUAUCAGGCUUGCCAGAACUGGCCUUUUGGGACUAGCAACAAUAUAUCGGAGGACCUCAAACGGUGCUAAACGAGUGUACACAAGGACUGAAAUAGGUAUGAGCGAUGCUAGUCACGCGCUAUUGUGGUCCAAGGGGUUAUAGUGUACGAUAGUUUGAUGCUAGCAAUUCAGGGAACUACUACCGGCU